UACACGGCAUGCUGAGAGCUGUAGACACUACAUGGACACACUUGUGCAAAGAAAGACAAACAAAGAGCAAAAAAGAGACCAGAGAUAACAAGAAAACUCACCUGCAUGGCCCCCAAACGACAUUGUUAUCAAACAGAAAAAGUAUAUACAAAGGAUGAAAAUUUCCCGAAAGUCAGACCCCGGAGAAGUUUACAAAGAUAUAGUCAAGUUAUAAAACCCAGACAAAAUGGAGUCUGCAGCACCUGGGGAAAUUUCCAGUACAGGACUUUUGAUGGAGAGCUCUAUCGUUUUCCAGGGAUAUGUAACUAUCUUUUUGCUUCACACUGUGGGAAACACUAUGAAGACUUUAAUAUUCAAAUUGAGCAGUCAUGGCAUAAGGGACUGCCAACCGUCUCUCAGUUAUCUGUAAAACUAAAUGAACUCCUCAUAGAAGUCAUUGACCAUAGGCCCUCAGUUCAUGGGGAAAUCGUUGAGCUCCCUUAUAGUAAUAAUGGCAUCCAAAUAGAGAAAAUAGGUUCCAUCCUCCGUAUCAGUGCAAAAGUUUUGUUAGAAAUUACUUGGGAAGAAAGCAACAUUAUUCAUUUAUCCCUCAACAAGAAAUACAUGGGAGAAACAUGUGGUCUUUGUGGGAAUUAUAAUGGAAAUGCUAAUGAUGAUAUUACCUACAGCGGAAAUUUGAUUGACCCACUACUGUUUGGAACACUGCAAAAAUUGAGAAAACCUGAAGAAGACUGUACAGAUCCUAAACCAGAGCCGACAAAAAAAUGCAGCGUUUAUAGAGCUAUGUGCCUGAAGCACUUAAGAAACCAUAAAUGGAUGAAAUGCAACAGACUGGUUAAACCAGAGCCCUAUAUAGAGGCUUACAUGCUGGAUAUGUGCCUCUGUAAUGCCACAGCAAAGUAUAGAUCUUUCUGCCUAUGUAGCACUAUUACUGAAUACUCCCGCCAAUGCGCACUUGCUGGUGGAACACCCCCAGAUUGGAGAAGCCCUUCAAUGUGCUACAAACCUUGCCAGGAUAAUCUGAUCUAUAAAGAAUGCAGUCCACCAUGCACAUCUACCUGCUCAAACCCAGGACAGCAAUAUUUUUGUGAUGGACCAUGCGUGUCUGGAUGUGUCUGUCCAAAAGGACUUGUGUUGGAUGAUAUUACUAACUUGGGAUGUAUCCCUAUUGAAAAUUGUUCUUGCACAUUUAACAAGCAAAUUUAUCCACCAGGAUCAGUUUACAAUGGUACUUGUAGAACAUGUUUAUGCUUGGGGGGUCACUGGAACUGUCGGGAGGUCCCCUGCUCUAGUACUUGUUCCGUGGAAGGUGGAUCACAUAUCACCACAUUUGAUCAGGCUCAAUAUACAUUUCAUGGCAAAUGUAUUUACAUGUUAACAAAGCCUUGUGCAGACAGUACUUUCAUGGUGAAUGUUGAGAUGAAAAAAUGUGCUUAUAGUGAAAGUGGCACAUGUUUAACAAGGGUCUUCUUGUUCCUGGAUAAUGGAUCUUAUGAGUUCCAGAUACAAUAUGACAAUAGUGAUUUUCCGCAUGUAAACUUUGACAAGGAAAAAAUGGCUAAAGCUGGUGUCAGUAUUUUAUGGCCAUCGUCAUUCUUCCUCAUUGUGCACACAAACAAAGGGCUAUACUUACAGGUGCAACUUAUACCGGUCAUGCAAUUGUAUGUUGUUCUAGACCCAUCUUACAAGGAGAAAAUGUGUGGUUUGUGUGGAGACUUUAACAGCAUCCAGAAAGAUGACUUUCAGACUAGUAGUGGAGUUUUAGAAAGCAAUGUUGUUGAUUUUGCCAACUCAUGGAAAACCAAUUUUAAAUGCAAAUCUAUAAAACCUUUCCAUGAACACCCCUGCAUUUACGGCAUGGAAGUAGUUAAUUUUGGCACUCGUUUGAAAGAGCAAAGAGCCAUUGGCUCCUCAUCCUGUCAAGAACUCUUGUGCCCGCCUCCUGCAUUAAGCCUGUUCCUCUGA